AUGGGCCGCCAGGGCAUUCUGGGUGUUUCUACAAGGUUCAACACCAGCCGUAUAUCUAAAAGCAAUGUUCUCUUUCCCUGCCGCCGCCGGGUCGCGCGGAGGCGGAGGCGGAGGCUCGGGUGCGUUCAAGAUUCGGCUUCAUCCGAACCCGCCGCCAGGGCGGAGGAAGGCAUUGCUGCUGGAGGUGUGAUGGAUAUGAACACUGCUCUGCAAGAGGUGCUGAAGACCACCCUCAUCCAUGACGGCCCAGCACGUGGAAUCCGCGAAGCCGCCAAAGCCUUAGACAAACGCCAAGCCCAUCUCUGCGUGCUUGCAUCCAAUUGUGAUGAGCCCAUGCAUGUCAAGUUGGUGGAGGCCCUUUGUGCUGAGCACGAAAUCAACCUAACUAAGGUUGAUGACAACAAGAAACUAGGGGAAUGGGUAGGCCUCUGCACAAUUGAUCGUGAGGGGAAACCCCGCAAGGUGGUUGGCUGCAGCUGUAUAGUUGUCAAGAGCUUUGGCAAGGAAUCUCAGGCCAAGGAUGUCAUCGAAGAGUACUUCAAAUGCAAGAAAUGAACAAAUAAAAAUAUGGCUCAUUUUCUUCAUCUCUGUUA